CAUGUUCGGAGGUGGGAGGGACGCGGGAGCGGCCCUCAAACUUGAGUCGCCGGGAGAGGAGCCGCGGCCCCGGACUCAGAGUAGAGACGCGGUCCCUUACAGCAAUAGGAGUCAUGGCCUCCAAUGCGAGUCAUGUGUUAGAGGCUGCCCUUGAGCAGAUGGAUGGAAUCAUUGCAGGAACUAAAACAGGUGCAAAUAUUAGCGGUGGUACCUGUGAGCCUGGAAUAUCUUCCCCAGCCGCCUACAUGAAGCCCUUCCCAGUGCUCCAUCUCAUUGAAGACUUGAGGCUGGCCCUGGAGAUGCUGGAGCAUCCUCAGGAGAGAUCAGCCCUCCUCAGCCAAAUUCCAUGCCAAACAGCUGUCUACAUGAAGGAGUGGUUUGAGGAGAGCUUGUUGCAGGGAGAUCACCACAGUGCCGCUAGUAAUGAAACCUACCAGGAACGCUUGGCCCGUCUAGAAGGCGACAAGGAGUCUCUCAUAUUGCAGGUGAGUGUUCUCACAGACCAAGUGGAAGCCCAAGGAGAGAAAAUCCGGGACCUGGAAGUAUGUCUGGAAGGACACCAGGUGAAACUCAAUGCUGCUGAAGAGAUGCUUCAACAGGAACUGCUAAGUCGCACAUCUCUGGAGACCCAGAAGCUUGAUCUGAUGACUGAAGUGUCUGAUCUGAAGCUCAAACUGGUUGGCAUGGAGAAGGAGCAGAAAGAGCAAGAGGAGAAGCAGAGAAAAGCAGAGGAGCUGUUACAAGAACUCAGGCACCUCAAAAUCAAAGUAGAGGAGUUAGAAAAUGAGCGGAAUCAGUAUGAAUGGAAGCUGAAGGCCACUAAGGCUGAGGUAGCCCAGCUACAGGAGCAGGUGGCCCUGAAGGAUGCAGAAAUUGAGCGUCUGCACAGUCAGCUCUCCCGGACCACGACCCAUAACGGCCAUAUGGAGAGAGACCAAGAAAUUCAGCGUCUGAAAAUGGGAAUGGAAACUUUGCUUGUUGCAAAUGAAGAUAAAGACCGUCGGAUCGAGGAGCUGCGGGGGCUAUUGAACCAGUACCGGAGAGUGCAGGAGAUCGUGAUGGCAACUCAAGUGCCUUCAGAAAGAACACUUACUAUCAAUGAAGAAGAACUGGAUGGAAGUUUCAGAAAGUGGAACUCUGUAAAUAAAGGACCCGAGGAAUUAUUUAAGCCAGAGAUGCCUCCAAGAUGUAGCUCUCCCAUGACGGGGCCACCACCUUUGCCCCAGAAAUCCCUGGAAACCAGGGCUCAGAAGAAACUCUCCUGUAGUCUGGAAGACUUAAGAAGUGCAUCCAUGGAAAAGUGUGUGGAUGGGAACCAGCUCUCCCUGGUGGUAGAACCCAAGGGUAGCCCUUUCCUGGUAGAGCAGAAACAUCCCACAUUAUCUGGGAAGGUUUCAGGAGCCACGCCCAAUGGAGAGGCUGCCAAAUCUACUCCCACUGCCCCCCAGCCUGACCCCACAGGGAACAACAGUCUGCUAAAACUGAAUCGUGGCCGGAGUGUCAGUGCCCCUGUAUUAGGUACUGUACCCAUUUCAGGAGAGACAGAAAGUGGUUGGGAUGACAGUGCCGUGACCACCGACCUCUCAUCCACCUCAUCGGGGACUGAUUCGGCAGCCCAGUCUCCUCUGACACCAGAGGGGAAACGGAGUCCCAAGGGCAUCAAGAAGUUCUGGGGGAAAAUCCGAAGAACUCAGUCAGGAAACUUUAACACUGACAUACCUGGGAUGGCAGAGUUUCGACGAGGUGGGCUCCGGGCAACUGCAGGACCAAGACUCUCCAGAACCAGAGACUCUAAGGGUCAGAAAAGUGAUGCCAAUGCCCCCUUUGCCCAGUGGAACACAGAGCGUGUAUGUGCGUGGCUUGAGGACUUUGGCCUUGGUCAGUACGUGAUCUUUGCCAGGCAGUGGGUGAACUCUGGCCACACAUUAUUGACCGCUACCCCUCAGGACAUGGAAAAGGAGCUAGGGAUUAAACACCCUCUACACAGGAAGAAGCUGGUUUUAGCAGUGAAAGCCAUCAACACCAAGCAAGAAGAGAAGUCUGCGUUGCUGGACCACAUUUGGGUGACACGGUGGCUUGAUGAUAUUGGCUUACCCCAAUACAAAGAUCAAUUCCAUGAAUCCAGAGUUGAUGGACGAAUGCUGCAAUACUUAACUGUGAAUGAUCUUCUCUUCUUAAAAGUCACCAGCCAGCUACAUCAUCUCAGCAUCAAAUGUGCCAUUCAUGUGCUUCACGUCAACAAGUUCAACCCCCACUGUCUCCAUCGGCGGCCGGCUGAUGAGAGUAACCUUUCUCCCUCAGAAGUCGUGCAGUGGUCCAACCACAGAGUGAUGGAGUGGUUGCGGUCAGUGGACCUAGCAGAAUAUGCACCCAACCUCCGAGGGAGUGGUGUCCAUGGGGGUCUCAUUAUCCUGGAGCCACGCUUCACUGGGGACACGCUGGCUCUGCUCCUCAAUAUCCCGCCACAGAAAACGCUCCUCAGGCGCCACCUGACCACCAAAUUCAGUGCCCUGAUUGGCCCUGAGGCUGAACAGGAAAAGCGAGAGAAAAUGACCAUGCCAGCCUACACCCCACUGACCACCACAGCCAAAGUCCGGCCAAGGAAACUAGGAUUUUCACACUUUGGAAACAUAAGAAAAAAGAAGUUUGACGAAUCGACGGACUACAUUUGCCCAAUGGAGCCCAAGGAUGGUGCUGGUGAUGGUCACAGCGUGUACAGUGGUUACCGGUGCCCUGACUCUCUUGAUGCCACUGAACCAGAUGGGCUGGACCAGAUGGCACCUUCGGAAGGCACUGUGACGCAGAUAGGGCUCCUCUCCCAAGACAUUCACCGCCUCACGACGCUGCUGAGCCAGGACCAGCUGCUGAACGACUCUCGCCUGGCCCCUCCUGGCUCUGAUGACUGGAGAUGACCUCUUUCAUGGCCCAGCGCCCAGAGAGGCACGUGCGGGGGCCCGGAGUCUUUGCUUCAAUAAGGAGCUGGCACACAGCCAUCCGUGGAGCCCCGACGGGGCUGGGGCUGGCGGGGGCAUCUUGGAUGCACGUGCUGGCUGGAGUCAAGUAGAGCUGUGGAGCAGAUGUCCAAGAGCCGGCCCGGGUGCCCCUUUGUUUUCUCAGCCCUGCUGUGCUCAUUGAAGCCUUUCUACCUUUUGUAUUUUUAUACAUGGGCUGCAGACCACUUCUGAGGAGGGGGAAUGAGGUCUCGGUGCACAGACUCAAUGGCUCAUGCUGUUCCUGGUGACAGCUGAGAGGCUCUCUACCAGAAGGGGAUGGGGUGUUGGUUCAUAAAAGCUCUGCUGGGGAAAAAAAAAUUCUGAAUCGUCUGUGGUGACCAAGCUCAGUGACAUGGUGAUAGGGUGCCCCCUGCUGAGCUGUU